CCGAACCACAAAAAACUGUGAAUGAAAAAUCUUCCUUUUUCCCAAAGUCAUCUAUCUAUAUAAACAUCUUCUGCUCUUCUUGGUUCUGCCUGUAACUGUCUUUCCUUUCCUCUUAUUUCCUCUCAUUUACUUCGUUUCUUGGGGGUUUUUUUAGGCCAUGGCUACUUGUUCAGCGGACCUAGCGCCGCUUUUAGGCCCCAACGCCACCGCCGCAGCCGACUACAUAUGCAACAAGUUCACUGAUGCUUCUUUUGCUGUUGACAACACUUACCUUCUCUUCUCUGCCUACCUUGUUUUCGCCAUGCAACUUGGCUUUGCCAUGCUUUGUGCUGGUUCAGUCCGUUCCAAAAACACCAUGAACAUCAUGCUUACCAAUGUCCUCGACGCUGCUACUGGUGGCCUCUUUUACUACCUUUUCGGCUUUGCCUUUGCCUUUGGUUCCCCUUCUAAUGGCUUCAUUGGUCGCCACAACUUCGUCUUAAGAUCUAUUCCUUCUUCUUUGUUUGAUUACAGCAACUUCCUUUAUCAGUGGGCUUUUGCUAUUGCAGCUGCUGGGAUCACCAGUGGCUCCAUAGCUGAAAGAACCCAAUUCGUUGCUUAUCUGAUAUAUUCGUCUUUCUUAACUGGUUUUGUUUACCCUGUUGUUUCUCAUUGGUUUUGGUCGGCUGAUGGCUGGGCCAGUUCUUUUCGAGCCGAUGACUUCCUCUUUGGUAGUGGGGUUAUUGACUUUGCUGGUUCAGGGGUUGUUCAUAUAGUUGGUGGUGUAGCCGGUUUAUGGGGUGCACUUAUUGAAGGACCAAGAAUUGGCCGGUUCGACCAUUCGGGUAGAUCAGUUGCCUUGCGUGGUCAUAGUGCGACCCUUGUUGUUCUUGGAACUUUCAUGCUUUGGUUCGGUUGGUAUGGGUUCAACCCCGGUUCAUUUAACAAAAUCUCGAGUAUUUACACUUCUGGGAGCUAUUAUGGGCAGUGGAGUGCUGUGGGAAGAACGGCGGUGACCACCACCUUAGCUGGAUGCACGGCGGCGUUGACUACCCUUUUCACGAAAAGGAUUUUAACAGGUCAUUGGAAUGUCACUGAUGUUUGUAAUGGUUUGCUUGGUGGCUUGGCUGCUAUCACUUCAGGGUGCUCUGUAGUUGAACCCUGGGCUGCUGUUAUUUGUGGGUUCGUGGCUGCUUUAGUUUUGAUUGGAUGCAACAAGUUGGCUGAGAAAGUCAAGUUUGAUGAUCCUUUAGAGGCUGCUCAAUUGCAUGGUGGAUGUGGUGCUUGGGGAGUGCUUUUCACAGGUUUGUUUGCUUCUGAAAAGUAUGUCAGGGAAGUUUAUCCCACCAGGCCUGUUCGAUAUGGUUUGUUUAGGGGAGGUGGAGGAAGGCUCUUUGCUGCUCAAAUCAUCCAGAUUUUGGUAAUUGUUGGGUGGGUGAGUGCUACAAUGGGGACUUUGUUCUAUUUUCUUCAUAGAUUUGGUCUCCUGAGGAUCUCAGCUGAUGACGAAAUGGCUGGUAUGGAUUUGACAAGGCAUGGUGGGCUUGCUUAUGUUUACCAUGAUGAAGAUGAAACACACAACCAAGGGAUUCAGAUGAAGAAAAUUGAAAGUCACCCAACUCCUCCUUCAGUCUAAAAAUCUUCUGUUUCCCUCUUUUUUUUCCUUUAAUUUCUAUUUUUUAUUUUUACUUUAGAUUAUCCUACGACUUGAUACUUCUUCUCUUCUUCCUUUCCCUUAAAAAAAGAUGGCUCCUGUAUUUAAAAAUAUCUUUCUAGAGUUUGUGUAAGAUAACCAUGCUGGUAGGUGGCUGGUUCUUAUUGGAGAUAAUGCGAGGGAAUGCUUUUGUCUUA